AUGUCGGAACCAGUGGUCCUUAUAUACCUGCCCGAGGAUCUCUUGCUCGAGAUCACAGCGUAUCUUUCCGUAUUCGACGUCCUGUCGCUCAAACAGACAUGUCGUGCGCUGUACGCGUUCGGGUCUACCGACUACCUGUGGCGCCGGAUAGUCCAGCGAAUCGACAUACCCCUUGAUCUUCCUCUGGACACCCCACUGAGCCUGCUUGCUCAAUAUGAGCUGCAGCCGAUCGUGCUCAAGGCCCUCCGCCUCGAAGCCAACUGGCGAAGGCAUCUGCCGCGCUUGAAGACCAUACGAUUACUACCCUGGGACACGCAAGGCCAGUAUGCCGACGAGAUGUACUUAGUCCCAGGAGGCAGAUGGCUCCUGACCGUGCAGCGGCCUCGACAGAGGGGAGGGAGACCGGGCUCGCACCUGGAGGUCUGGUCGCUGGAGAACGAGCCGUACGCGAUUGCCUGCGUGGACGUCGCAGGCUUCUACAGAACCGCGACUAUGGAGCUCAAGGAGGGGAGCCAGUCGAUUACACUUGCGGUCGCGUAUGAGACGGACGAUACAGAAGCCGUCGCCGUCUACUCAGUCCCGUUCCGAGACCGUUCCGAGUUCCUGUUCUACACCGCGCCCACCCUCACGCCGACAACGACGAUCCGCCUGCCUCCGCACCCUACGGUGAAGUGGCAGUCCGCGAAGUUCAUCCACCAGCUCUCUCUUUCUGAUGGACAGCUCGUUGUUUCCGUCGUUGACCCCAUGGGGCAGACUGGGUCGAGCCUGCUCCAAGUGUUCUUGGUAGACAUCAAGUCAAGAGUGUCUCAGUGGCUGGACCCCAAGCAACUCCGACGGUUCUCCGACGUAUGGGUCAAGGUAUACGCCUACAACGGGUACUUUCUACUGCUCGGUCCGGCGCGUCAAAGUAUCAUCCUCCGUGUCUACGCGAUGCCCGCCCGUCUCUGCACCAAACUCGCUACCGACCCGGCUAGCCCGUUCCUCGACCUGGGACCCGCGAUCUGCGAGUACGAGCAGCCGCUGCGGCACGACUCGCAGUUCCAAGACAUCAUCAGCGUCUCCGCGCCCUCCGCGACGUCCAUCUCCGCGCUCGUCAUCUGCUCCUUCCACGACACCUCCCCGCGCGUCGGGCAAGUGACGCGCUUCCCGCUGCCCGCCGCGGGACCCGGCCCGCACCUCCCCGGCGCGACGCGCUACUUCAGCAUGCCCUCGCACGUCUCCGCGCAGCUCGCCCAAGUCGGCCCUAGCGGGCGUGCAGUCUGGGUCGAACAUGACUGGGAGGCGCAGAACAAGCGGAUCCUGCGCUUCCAGAUGCGCAAGGACGGCUGGGACGGGCGCGGCGUGUCGGAGGCGGUGAGUGCGCUCUUACCACCCGAUGCGGCGCUGCCGUUCUUGCCGGAUACGGUCCAUUCGUUGGCGUUUGACGAGGUCACUGGGCGGGUAUGCCUUGGGCUGUUUAACGGGGAGAUCUACGUCAUGGACUUCGUCUGA